AAGUAAAAAAGCUGAUGACAAAUAUUGUUAUUUCCCGCGAAGCUUUUCUGUUCUUGGAAGGGCUUGGACUCGAUUGGAAGAGGAUGGCUGAAGAUACGCCGCCUUCUUGCUCUUCGGAUUCCGCCAUUCUCCGCCUUCAUCAGCUUCUUGCCUCAUGCUCUCGGUCGAUUGAAGCCGGAGACUACAGCGGAUCCGACCGAUCAGUGUCGGAGCUAGUCGAUUUUCUAAACUCUGCUUCUGAUUCUACCGCGCGUGAAGCUGACGAUGAAGACGCUGAGAGAAAAGCCUUCAGAAUUCUUACGGAAAUUCAUAGAUUCACGAGCUCGCCUUCUCUUAGCCAGGAAGUUGUGGAAACACUGUCAUUUGAGUUGCCGAAAUCAGUGUGUAGAGUUGCUUGCGCAUGGAAGAUGUGUUCCGAUCUUGCGGAAUGUUUUAUUGACAAUUUGCUUGAGAAGUGUAGUCCGCGCGAGAUGCUUUCAAUUCUUUGUGAUGCAUUAAGUUCUCCAGACGAGCAGUUCAGGACUACUCUCUAUUGUGCACCUCUUCUAAGUGGGAUUGCAAAAGUUCUAUUGCGCAUCCAGCGACGGCAAUUCCAGCUAGUAAAAUCUGCAGUUCCCGUCAUUCUUCGCAUUUUAAAACAUGCGACAUUGGAGAUGGAUGAUGAAGAUCCCGAUGCUGAUUAUGGCACUUUGUUUUUCAAAGCAAUUGACAUUGCAAAUUCCAUUCAGGCUGUCUGUGAAAAGUUGGAACCGACAGAUAAGAAAAAGUUGCAGGCCUUUUUUGGUCUUUUCAUCUUGCAGCUGAUGGCACUUGUUUCAAUAGCUUCGAGGGCUAGGACAUCACACUUUUUGCCCAUUGUGAUCCAUUUAUCACACUUCCUUCACUCAUGUGGUUUUUCAUAUAUUGGCCUAGUUACUGGUUUUGAUGUUGAUAGGAUCUCAAACAUGAUGGUUCAAGAUGUCGGAGAAGAUGAUUUAACUCAAUGUACUCAUGUGAAACAUGGUGCAUCACUGGCAGUAAUUUGGGGUUACAAGUUUGACGAGGCAGCUGUGGCUGCUGCAGAAGAUGUAGCUGCAGUAAAAAAAGAACUUCAAAAUAACCCAACUAAGAGAUGGCAAACAGUGGGCAUGCUAAAGCAUGUCUUUUCAUGUGCUCCACUUUCGUGGGAUUUGAGGACACAUGCUCUUGAUUUCUUACAUAGCAUUAUGGAUGAAUGUCAAUGUAAUAAAGCACACAAUGAACAACUUGAUUGCUUCUCAUAUAUAACCUCUCUUCAUGCUGGAUUGUCGGCAAUUCAAUUGGUAAUUAUGCAUGCACCAAGCGCGGUUAUACGGAAGAGUGCUUAUGAUGCAUUCAACAAGGUGCUUGCUCACAUCCCAAGUUCUCUAAGGUUUGAUAUCUUAAAAGCUUUGGUAAAGAGUAGCAACUCUUCUUCCAUGAUUGGAAUUCUUUUAGAUCUUGUAAGAAGGGAAAUGCUUGCAGAACACAGUAAAAGAACCUCAAUGGACAAAAUAGGGUUGAAAUCUAAAGCUAAUGCUUCAAAACACCCAAUAUUUUGGGAUGAUGGCAUUCUUGACUUAGUGGAGUUGGUUUUGAAACCCCCAACGGGAGGCCCUCCAUGCCUUCCUGAGUACACUGAUGCAGUUCUAGCAGCACUCAAUCUCUACAGAUUUGCACUGAUUUCAGAGUCAUCUGGGAACACGAACCACACCGGUGUGCUCUCCAAGGAGAAACUACGAAAGGCACUCGGUGAAUGGUUCUUGCCCCUUCGCUCAUUAGUCACCGGAAUCACGGCGGAGAACCAGACCGAUAACGAUCAACUGGCAUCCGAUAUGAUAUGUUCCCUAAACCCUCUUGCAUUCGUUUUAUACAGAUGCAUUGAAUUGGUUGAAGAACGUUUGUAGUUUCCGGGGGUAGAAUUUCAAACGCCAUGACAGUGCACUAGAAUCAUUUCAACAAAGGGGAAAAAUGAUUCUUAUUAGUAUAAUGUUUUUUUUAUAUAAAUGGAUUUGAAGGGUUGAGACACUAAGGGCAUAUUUGGUU